AUGUCUUAUAGGUCUCAGCUUGCUGAAGCGGAUUUAGGGAAUCUGCUUAUUGAAGAUAAGUGUCCCUUGAACCAGUUUAAUGCAGUUUCGUCCUUGGAUGAUGAUCAUUAUCGAACCAUUUCUCUCAAUUGUACUUAUCAUUUCUUCAAGCUAUUUUUCGAACUACCAACGGAAUUAAAUGAUUCUGUAUCUGUUUCCAUCCUCCCAAAACCUACUUUUCGUCUCCCCAGAGAGAAAAAGAUCCCCUCAGCCAAAGAACUUACUAGAUGGGACAGAUUUGCACGCUUAAAAGGAAUCCAGAAUCGCAAGAAGUCCCGCAAAGUUUGGGAUCCUGUGUCUGAAUCAUGGAAACCAAGAUGGGGUAAAGACCGGAUCGAUGAUGUCAAAGACAAAUGGGUACUGGAAGUUCCGGAUAACGCAGAUCCCUAUGAAGACCAAUUCGCCAAAUUAAUACAAGCUAAAAAGGAACGUAGAGCCAAAAACGAGCUCCAGCGUCUCCGUAAUAUUGCCCGAACUGUCAAAGCAGGACAAGCUCCUCCUAUUGGCGUAUUAACGGAAUCACAGUCAUCUAAAACUGAACUGUCUCGUGCUUUUGCAAUCGCUCAAAACUCUGAUGCAUCAAUGGGUCGUUUUUGUGCUCCAGUGGAUAGCCGAAAAAUUUCUAAGAAUGUUGAAAAACGAUCUAAGAAAAGAAUUCCAUUGAGUCAAGUUGUUCAAAGUACCAAAAAGAGUAAACAGAAUAAGUUGAUGUCUAAAAAAACGAAAAAGAAUAAGAUGAGUUCACGCCCUUCUAAAAAGAAAUAG